CCUCAGAUAUUUGCUUCUUUUUCUUGUUCAAGGUCACCACCAUUGUGGUUACUCUCCUCGGGUCAGGUGCCGACUAGGCAGCCCUUCUUAACUGCAGGCUUCUUCACGGAUUCAAUCCCAUAACUGAACGCUCUUUAUGGCGACUGCAUGAACAUCGCCACAAUUUAUCCGAUCGCUCUAAGAACCCUUGGAUGGAAUAGUACGCGCGAGAGGGCAGGGACCUGUUGUCCCAUCUUCCUGAGUAUUUUUCUGAUAAGGAGUAGCUGGAGAGGCUGGGACGGUAAAGAAAAACUCUGCACGUAGGAACGCAAAUCUUCAGGUCCGUCCGUGUUUUCCGAGGCGUGUCAAUCGGACCUAUAGGGAGAACCAACUUCCGGCAUGACUUCCUCGGGUUCCGGUGCUUCCGCCCGUAGUUGCUGGGGGCGAACAGCUACUUCCGCCAGGAGUCCCUAGCGGCUUGGAAACCGGCUCUCAAACGGCCGCCUCCUUCUCCAUCGGACGCUCAGCUGGUGGAGGCGACUGUUAGGCCCCGGGCGAGUCCUGGUCCGGGUUGACGAGGCCGUGCGGGGCACACGCCGGGGCCGACCUCGUCCCUGCGGCAGGCCCCGCCGCGCCGCCCCCAGCCUGGGGCGGAGUCCGGCCUCCCCGCCCUAUCCCCGCCCCUCCGGCCAGUGCAGGGCCGGGUCCUCGCGGCGCUGCGGCGGAGCUACCUGCCCGCACCGCCGGGCGCAGCAGUCUCGGGGCGCCUGCCAGGCUGUGAGGCAUGGAGUUCGCGGAGCUCAUCAAGACCCCACGAGUGGACAACGUGGUGCUGCACCGGCCUUUCUACCCGGCCGUCGAAGGGACCCUGUGCCUCACUGGCCACCACCUGAUCCUGUCCUCCCGGCAGGACAACACCGAGGAGCUGUGGCUCCUUCAUUCAAACAUCGACGCCAUUGACAAGCGAUUUGUGGGAUCUCUGGGUACUGUCAUCAUAAAAUGCAAAGAUUUUCGAAUUAUUCAGCUGGAUAUUCCUGGAAUGGAGGAAUGCUUGAACAUAGCUAGUUCCAUUGAGGCGCUGUCCACUCUGGACUCCAUCACCCUGAUGUACCCUUUCUUCUACCGGCCCAUGUUUGAAGUGGUGGAAGAUGGCUGGCAUUCUUUCCUUCCUGAGCAAGAGUUUGAACUCUACUCCUCAGCUACCAGUGAAUGGAGGCUAAGCUAUGUCAAUAAGGAAUUUGCUGUUUGUCCCUCCUACCCACCAAUUGUCAUAGUGCCCAAGACCAUUGAUGAUGAAGCUCUUCGAAAGGUGGCUGUGUUUCGACAUGGUGGUCGCUUCCCAGUACUAAGCUAUUAUCAUAAAAAAAAUGGAAUGGUAAUUAUACGAAGUGGUCAGCCACUAAGUGGUACAAACGGGAAAAGGUGCAAGGAAGAUGAGAAGUUAAUAAAUGCUACGCUCAGGGCAGGGAAACGCGGCUACAUCAUUGACACACGAUCUCUGAAUGUGGCACAGCAAGCUAGAGCCAAAGGAGGUGGCUUUGAACAAGAAGCUCAUUAUCCCCAGUGGAGGAGGAUUCAUAAGUCCAUUGAGAGGUAUCACGUCCUUCAGGAGAGUUUAAUCAAACUUGUGGAAGCUUGUAAUGACCAAACGCAUAACAUGGACCGCUGGCUCAGUAAGCUGGAGGCCUCCAACUGGCUGACUCACAUCAAGGAAAUUCUGACAACUGCCUGCCUGGCAGCCCAGUGUAUUGACAGGGAAGGAGCUUCAGUGUUGAUUCAUGGAACAGAAGGCACGGAUUCCACACUUCAGGUGACCUCCUUGGCUCAGAUCAUCUUGGAACCAAGAAGCAGGACCAUCCGAGGUUUUGAGGCUCUCAUAGAAAGAGAAUGGCUGCAGGCUGGUCACCCAUUCCAGCAGCGCUGUGCACAGUCAGCCUAUUGUAAUAGUAAACAGAAGUGGGAAGCACCUGUGUUUCUUCUCUUUUUGGACUGUGUUUGGCAGAUACUUCGUCAGUUUCCUUGUUCUUUUGAGUUCAAUGAGAAUUUCCUUAUCAUGCUUUUUGAGCAUGCCUAUGCUUCACAAUUUGGAACAUUCCUGGGCAACAAUGAAAGUGAAAGGUGUAAGUUGAAGCUCCAGCAGAAAACGAUGUCCCUGUGGUCCUGGGUCAACCGCCCCAGUGAGCUGAGUAAAUUCACCAACCCUCUCUAUGAAGCCAAUGCCCUCGUCAUCUGGCCUUCCGUGGCUCCACAGAGUCUUCAGCUGUGGGAAGGUAUUUUCCUACGCUGGAAUAGAUCCUCUAAGUACUUGGAUGAAGCAUAUGAAGAAAUGGUUAACAUUAUUGAAUAUAACAAAGAGCUACAAGCAAAAGUCAAUCUCCUCAGGAGGCAGUUGGCAGAACUGGAAACAGAAGACGGGCUGCAGGAGAGUCCCUGAGAGGUUGGACACUGUGCCUUGAGGAGCUUCCUGGACCUGCGGCCUGCCUCUCCUUCUGUCCUUGUUUAUUCUGAACGCAGCAGCCUUGACCCUGAGGCUUUAUAUGGGGAACUGCUCUAAGCUCACGGAUUUCUCAUUGUAAGAAUGAAGCUUAAUAUUACUCAUAAUUUUUGUGGCCCGUUAGGCCUCUUUACUUUGGGAGCAGGUAGGAGGUGCUAGUCAUUUUAUGUGAAAUAGGUGACCAAUUUAAGGCCA